GGACAGGAGAGAGUGGCAAGAGUACCUUCAUCAAGCAGAUGAGGAUCAUCCAUGGAUCAGGAUACUCUGAUGAAGACAAGAGGGGCUUUACCAAACUGGUGUAUCAGAACAUCUUCACAGCCAUGCAGGCCAUGAUCAGAGCUAUGGACACGCUCAAGAUCCCAUACAAGUAUGAACACAAUAAGGCUCAUGCACAAUUAGUCCGAGAGGUUGACGUGGAGAAGGUGUCUGCUUUUGAGAACCCAUAUGUAGAUGCAAUAAAGAGCUUGUGGAAUGAUCCUGGAAUCCAGGAGUGCUAUGACAGACGACGAGAAUAUCAGCUAUCCGACUCGACUAAAUACUAUCUGAAUGACUUGGACCGUGUAGCCGACCCUUCCUAUCUGCCUACACAACAAGAUGUGCUUAGAGUUCGAGUCCCCACCACAGGGAUCAUCGAAUACCCUUUUGAUUUACAAAGUGUCAUUUUCAGAAUGGUCGAUGUAGGGGGCCAAAGGUCAGAGAGAAGAAAAUGGAUACACUGCUUUGAAAAUGUCACCUCGAUCAUGUUUCUAGUAGCGCUUAGCGAAUAUGAUCAAGUCCUUGUGGAGUCAGACAAUGAGAACCGAAUGGAGGAGAGCAAAGCACUCUUUAGAACAAUUAUCACGUAUCCCUGGUUCCAGAACUCCUCUGUUAUUCUGUUCUUAAACAAGAAAGAUCUUCUAGAGGAGAAAAUUAUGUAUUCCCACCUAGUCGACUACUUCCCAGAAUAUGAUGGACCCCAGAGAGAUGCCCAGGCAGCUCGAGAGUUCAUCCUGAAGAUGUUCGUGGACCUGAACCCCGACAGUGACAAAAUUAUCUAUUCCCACUUCACCUGCGCCACAGACACCGAGAACAUCCGCUUCGUCUUUGCUGCCGUCAAGGACACCAUCCUGCAGCUGAACCUGAAGGAGUACAAUCUGGUCUAACCGUGCCUCCCAGAAACCAUUCUUCCCUUCCCUGUGGGCUGUUGAAGAUAACCAAGAAGGACUGUAUUUCUGUGGAAAAAAAUUUGCAUAAUACUAAUUUAUUGCCGUCCUGGACUCUGUGAGCGUGUCCACAGAGCUGUAGUAAAUAUUAUGAUUUUAUUUAAACUAUUCAGAGGAAACAGAAUGCUGAAGUACAGUCCCAGCACAUUUCCUCCCCCUCUCUCUCUCUCUCUCUCUCUCUCUCUCUCUCUCUCCCUCCCUCCCUCCCUCCCUCCCUCCUUUUUUCUCUCUUUCUUUUUAGGCAAAACUUGUGACUCGAUGUAUUUUAAAUUUUCGGUCACUCAUUCACAAUAUGAAAACACUCCUACCAUUUGUGUUCUCUCUCUCCCUCUCUCUCUCUCUCCAUUCCUUUCCAUCUUCCUCCUCCACCCUUUUCUGUUGACCAAAACAAAGCUGAUUUUUCUUCUUCCUGUUCCAUGCCCCCCUACUGAUUUUGUUUUCUCAUCUUACAAUGGACUUUACCCUUGUUCCAUUCUUGGUCAAGUUCCUUUCUUGAGUGAUGCAGUCAGGACAGUGUCAUUCGAUUGAAGUAACCUUACAUCAGCUUCAUUUAACAGUGGUUGUACUGAAGGCGUGUAUGUAUUACUACUAUGGUUCUAAUGUAUCUCUGGAUGCACAUCACAUCUAGUAUUUCUUUUUCAAAUGCAUACAUAUAUAUGUAUAUAUAUUGUCUUGUCUCACUUGGACUAGGACAGCAGGUGCCCAUUGAUGGUGGUGCAGAACUUCAGCCAUAGCUGGGUUGUUCAGAGGAAUGUCUGGAAGUCAGAGUGUGUGCUUACAGGCUAUGAAGGAGUCCUUGCUACUACAGUCCAUGUGCCAUGUCCUUCUUCUCUUCCUUGCUUCCUUCUGUUUUUCUUUAGGUUUUUCACCCUCUCUGUAAACCACAGAUGCCAAAUGAUAUGCCAACAGACACUACAUUCCCCAGCGCUGCUGCCAGAGCCACCUCGAGUCUAUUCAUUUUCUGUUUGUUUCUAGCUCUCCUUCCCUCUGGUCCCUUUUGUGUUUGGGCCAUAAUUUUAAAAUAAUUUUUGCUAUGGGUAUGUUUUGCCAAAGCCAGAUUUUUAUAAGACAAAAUAAAUCAAGAAUUUAAACAGUAAAAGCCAGCGUCUCAACAUGUAAGCAUUAAGACAGUACAGCGAGGUGACAGCUGGGUGUGAACCGGAAACACACAUUGCCAAACAGUUGCUAACUCAACUGCUUCUCAUGGUCCGUUCUUUCUUUGCCCUUAAGGUCAGUGCCAGUGUCCAGGUGAGCAGUAUAGAAAACUAUCCUAUGUGGUUUGUCAUGAGAGCUGUUCAUAUCUCUUUACUGGCACCAGUGUUAUUAGCUCUUUACGUUCUUUAAGUUUGAGUGAGUUUGCCAAGAACACUGGUUGAUAGCAUUAUCCUGUAACUUUGAUUGGGGGGGGGGGAGUAAGCUUGUUUUACCAUGUUCAGGAUCUUCUUGAACUGGUUGCUUGGACUUAAGGAAGAUUUGUGGAUUUUUUUUUUCAAAAGUCACUGCUCAGUGUUCUGUCAAGCAUGUAUUUAUGCAACAAUUACACUAGGAGAAAUGUUUGGAAUUCUCCAUGUGUAGUUUGUCAGCAGAUACAAACAGUGCUGAACAUGUGUGAGUGAGCCUGUCACGCAGCCCACAUUGCUAUGUGAGUUCAGUAGAAGGUGAUUGCUCUAAGGCUGCCGGGAAGUUAGACCAUGAUGCUGGUCUCAUUAGUGCCUGGCCCUAGUCUAAACUCCCAUAUCGAUCACUUUUCCUGAAUAGCGAAGGGGAAAGAGUGAGCAGUUUACUGUAUGAGCACUGAAAUUGUGACUCGUAGUGAAGUGUUUUACUCUCCCAGCCCAAGCAACACAGCUUACUUUUUUAUCCCUUGCUCUAGAAAGCACCUGUAAUUUAAUUAACAGACUGCCUGUAGGUAUAGUGCAAUUAUGAAUGUUCUGAUUGUUGUACAUACGUCUCUCUUGAUAUUGCAGCAUCCAUACUGGCUUUGUAAUCAUUAAUUUUUGGCAGAUUGAAUGUGCUGUAUUGAUAUGUAUCUAUGUAAUUGUAUUGUAUGUCUUGUAGCUAAUUCACAUUUUGAAUAAUGUUAUUUUAUUUACUUUUUUAAGAGAGGAGAAUGUAAAUUUGUCAGUUUAUUUCUGACUAGGGAUAUUUUUUUCCAUUUAGAAAAAAAGAAAAAAAACCCUUAUUAUCGUACAGAGCGGUACUAGCAUUGUGCUGUCUAAAAUCAUUUGCACAUUCCUGAGUAGAGGUGUGCUGACCUAAGACCCAAAGGUGAUUUCAUAGCAAAUACACAACAUCCGUCGGAGCUUUUAUACAAACACGGAGACCAACUUUGUAGACCUUUUGCCAUUUGACCUGGGGUUGGAAUAUGAGCUUUUAUACGAUUCAUAUUCUUAAUUUGGCAAAUGCACAGUUUAGCAUUACCUCUCUGGUGGCCUUUAUUAGAAAGGCAGUUUUAGAAGCUAUUGUGAUCCACUAGGGAAAUGUUUUAUCAGCUAGAGAACACUGCUUGCCUGAAAGAGGGCAACCUUAAAUUUGGUGCAGCAAAAAACAAAAACAAAAAACAAAACAAAAAAAAAAACAAAAAAUAAAAACAAAACAAAAAAAGAAAAAAGAAAAAGCCAAAAAAAAAGAAAAGAAAAAAGUACCAUUUGAUGGCCUACAGUGUAUAGAGAAAAUCUCAUCACAGGAUCGUGAGUGUUAACAGUCCUCGGGAACCGUGCUAUUCUAUUUAACAGAGCCGUAGUAGAUGUAGUUGAGUCAUCCUGGUCUCAAGCUCAGAGCUGCUGAGCAAAGCAGGGAAGGUCGCCACAUUGUCUUUGUGAAUCGGGGAUGGAACUUGCUAUGCAGAAUUGAAGUUUGUGGCUUCGCUGCUCAUCCUGGGGUGCAUGACAGGAUCCCUUCUUUUGAGAAAGGAAAACAUUGAUCACCCUAACCGCAGUGAUGCCUAGAUACCUAAUUGUAUCCACACUAGUCAAUGAAGCUAAAAAUAAUUUUUGUUGUUGUUUCUUGUUUGGGGUUUUAUUGAAGGGGUGAGGGGCGGGAAGGGCUUCUCAGUUUUGUACAAAACCAAGUUUACUCAUGCUCUCUUCUCUUGUGAUUGCAAGCGCUCUAAGCUGCGGCACUGACUCCUGGCGUUGAUGCUCUAGAUAACAGAGGUUUGUGGGGCGAUUAUGGCGACUCGGGCAUGUCUUUCCACAGCAUACCAAGGCAAGCAGCCAUCUCGUCAGCCACUCAGCACAUCACAGUGUGCCGUUUACAGAUGAUGUCUCCCACCCACAGAGAAUCCCUAUUUGUAAAUUGAAGGUUUAUAAUAUGCCUUACAGAGCUUAAUUCAGAAGUCCGUGCCUCAUACCUGAAACAAAGGGAAGAAACAGGCCCAUGCGAAAUCAAUAAGUCCCAUAGAACCUGUUGGGUUUUCCUUACCGUUUCCAUAGGAAAAGCUCUGUUGAGUGUCCUGAGUAGCUGGGAAAUUCUUAGGAACCUGCAUAUGUUGUUUACCGGCAGGUGGCACAGGCGAUAUUUAAAGAGUACCUGGAACAUAGGGGCUUGGGGGUUUUAUUUUUGUUUUGUUUUGUUUAAUUUAGAUUACAUUAGCAGGCCUAAUAGUUUUAAAAGGUAAUUCAGCCAAAGGGCAAUUUACUUUUUGUACUUCAGACUUAUAUUGAUUGUCAAGUUGUACGAAUUGUAAUUCAAAAAUUUAUACUGCCACUUGAUUGUAAAUUUUAGUUGUCUUAAGUGGGAAUUGAUGAAAAGCUGUUUAUGCUGGAUUUGGGUCAAAAUGACUUGAUUAUUUGCAAAAAAAAUAAAAAUACUAAUGGGAAGAAAGGGCUGCACAAUAAGAUAUUGCAAGACUCAGGUCUUGGUUGGAAAUUCCUCAGAUCCCCUCAGAUGACCCCAUGCCCCUUUGUUUUCAGUUUCUCAAAGAGCGAAUGAAGUGAAAUAUAGCAGAAUGUUAACCCAUAUAAAAAUAAAGUGUACCCAAAUAUUA